AUGAUAUUUUUGAUGAGAACUUGUCUCAUAAAACCAUAUGAAUGAAUGAAUCUUGAAGAAGUAAAGCAAGCUGAAGAUGGCUUUGAUGAGACUGAUAGGAAAGCUAUUGGUAUGUACAGGCAGCAACACUUGCAGGAAUAGAAAUGUCUUCAGAGGAGGCAAAAAUAUGUGAAGCUAAGAGAAAGUUGUGGAAAGCAGUAUGCAAAUGAAGUUACAAAUGCUCCAGAAGAUAUUUGGGUUAUAAUUCAUCUUUAUUGUAUCUCAAUGUGUUUGCUGGUUAAUGAACACCUCAACCUGAAGGUCUGAAAGUUUCCAGAAGGCAAGUUUCUCAAAGCCAUUGUAAACUGCUGCAUUCAGAAUUACCAGGACAAAUGUUUACCCACAAUACUUGUAUAUAUUGGUGAAAUACAAGGCAGGUUCAUCAGAAUAGCUAAACAUGGGGGAAUAGAUCUGAAACAAGAAGGUACUAGAAAUGUCAGCAUGGAUCAAAAAGGAACACACCAAGCAGGUGGUCGUUCUGUGGCUCUCAAGAACGUCCUGCACGAUGGCGAUGGCAUUUCUCUAGGAAACAUGGCUAUAGUUAAUGGAAGUGCACUGGAAAUUUCUGCAUUUCCGGCCCAAUGUGAAACAGAACUACUUGAAAAGUAACCCAGAAAGGAAAUCCAUGACAAUUUGCAGUCAAGUUCUUUAUUUUGUUCUAGACACAAACACGAAUUAAAUUGCUAUAAAUACUUUAAGAUACGUUGCUAUUCAGGUAUCAACUGAAAAAUAAAAUCCUUUUAACUGAGAGAAAAAAUUGGGAUGACUUACACAAUAUUACUCCUAAGGGUUUUAUUUUACAGAAAACGUUUUGCAGCAAUCUUUUGCUGCAGCAUAAGAUUAUUUAGCAUUAUUUGAACAUAACAGGUUUAUGUUUAAAUAGUCGCCGCAUAUUUAUCAGCUAGUAUUAAAAGCCUCGGACACACGAAAGGGUUGAGGCAAACACCUCUGGUUUCUGCUGUUCUGGAAAUUUCACAGGUUUAUACACAGGAAAGAAGAAACCACAGACCUCCGCUGGAACGGGUUCGUUGAAUCCCUAAAUACCUCGGGAUUCAUUACCCGGAGAGGACCCGGGACAUCACUUGUUCCGCUUUGGGAAUGCGCGGGUGACCGCGUUCUGUACCGGGUUCAUUAUGCCGGUGGGGAAGCGCCUCAGUUCAGCGGAGCCUCUUCUGCGGGCUCUUCCGUGAGCUCGGCUGGGGGCUGAGCCCGGUGUCCGCUCUCCCGCCCGGCGGCCCCUGUGGCUCCGCGCCGCCGCCAUUUCCUGCGGCCGCGGGGUGAGGUGAGGCGAGGUGAG